CUGAGCUAUAGUUUUGUUGUUUUGCAAAUUCUAUCGUAGGUUUCUGGGGCUAUAUUUUCACUAUGGUGAAGGCACGAAAGAAAGUGCCAGAGGCUUCACGAGCUGAGCUGAUGAUGCUGACAAUAUCAGAUAUUGUGAAUCAACUAAUUGAAGCACACAACAAGGGAGAAGAUUCAAAUUUAAAUAAAAUUAAAAGUCAUGCAGCCAGUAAAUAUGGACUGGCAUCACAACCAAGACUGGUGGAUAUCAUUGCAGCUGUUCCUGCUGCUUAUAAAAAGGAUUUGCUUCCAAAGCUUAAGGCCAAGCCUGUCAGAACUGCAUCUGGGAUUGCAGUUGUUGCUGUGAUGUGCAAGCCUCACCGUUGUCCACAUAUCAAUAUGACUGGAAAUAUCUGUGUUUAUUGUCCGGGUGGCCCAGACUCGGACUUCGAAUAUUCAACUCAGUCAUACACUGGUUACGAGCCGACAUCAAUGAGAGCUAUUCGCGCCAGAUAUAAUCCAUAUGUUCAAACAAGACACAGACUUGAACAGCUCAAGCAGUUAGGACACAGCAUUGACAAGGUUGAGUUUAUCGUGAUGGGUGGGACCUUUAUGUCACUGGAUGAUGAAUAUCGAGACUUCUUUAUCAGAAAUCUUCACGACGCACUUUCUGGUCACGUCAGUAAUAAUGUCAACGAAGCUGUUUGUUUCUCGGAGAAAAGUAAAACGAAGUGUAUUGGCAUCACAAUAGAAACAAGACCAGAUUACUGUCUCACAAAACAUUUGAGUUCUAUGCUGGAAUAUGGUUGCACGAGACUUGAAAUUGGUGUUCAAAGUGUCUAUGAAGAUGUUGCGAGAGAUACGAAUAGGGGACAUACCGUAAUAGCGACGUGCGAAUCGUUUAACAUGGCCAAAGACGCUGGAUUUAAGGUCGUCUCCCACAUGAUGCCAGAUUUGCCAAAUGUUGGUUUGGAACGGGACAUUGAACAAUUUAUUGAAUUUUUCGAGAAUCCGGCAUUCAGAGCUGACGGCCUAAAGAUAUAUCCAACCUUGGUUAUUCGCGGAACAGGCCUUUACGAGCUAUGGAAAACGGGAAGAUACAAAAGUUACCCUCCUGAUGUUCUGAUCGACCUGGUUGCUAGAAUACUAGCUCUAGUACCACCUUGGACAAGAAUUUACAGAGUGCAAAGGGAUAUUCCGAUGCCGUUGGUCACAUCAGGCGUCGAACACGGUAAUCUUAGAGAACUGGCACUGGCUAGAAUGAAAGAUCUUGGAACCACGUGUCGGGAUGUGAGAACAAGAGAAGUUGGAAUUCAGGAAAUUCAUAACAAGGUUAAGCCUUACGAGGUUGAGUUAAUUCGUCGUGAUUAUGUCGCUAAUGGCGGUUGGGAGACUUUUCUUUCAUAUGAAGAUCCUGCACAAGAUAUCCUAAUAGGCCUUCUUCGUCUUCGCAAAUGCGCCAAAGAUACUUAUCGUCCCGAACUGUCGGGGAAAUGCUCCAUUGUUCGGGAGCUACACGUUUACGGUAGCGUUGUACCAGUCAGUUCACGUGAUCCAACAAAGUUUCAACACCAGGGUUUUGGUGUGCUUCUAAUGGAAGAGGCGGAGAGGAUUGCAAAAGAUGAACACGGCAGUGUGAAAAUUGCUGUCAUUUCAGGUGUUGGUACCCGUAAUUACUAUCGCAAGUUGGGAUAUGAUCUGGAGGGACCUUAUAUGACAAAGAUGAUCAAGUAAGGUAUUUGUAAUCUAUAAACGGUAAAGUCUUUUCACCGGAACAGACAGUCAAAUGAUUGAGGUGCUGAAAAUGUGGUAUCGUCGUUCCCCUGGUGGUUGGCAUCGAGGAAAAGUCAAGGAAACACUCUAAAUGAACUAAAAUCACCGUAGUGGUAACAAGUUUUUCUGCACCAUGCUGGUAGCUAUGUUUUCCUCUGAGAUCAGCAUGAUGGUAACUAGUUUUCCUCUAAAAUCAUUCUGCUGUUAACUAUUUUCUCUCUGAAAUUACCAUGUUGGUAACUACUCUUCUCUGAAAUCACCAUGUUGGUAAAUGUGAAUCACCAUGAUUCUUUAAAUUGUAUAGAUUCCCUUAAAUCUUUCAUGUCUGCAUGUGAGCUGGACAAGUUAUAUUUGCCGCAUUGGCAUAAUAAUAACUAAUAAGAUACGUAACAAACUUUAUAAUAUUCUAAUGAUUUCGUGGGUGAUUAUAAGAUCACUGAAACGUUAUCAUACAGAGUGAGCUUUUAUGUUCAAAUUUACUGCACAAGGUGUGUGAUUUGAUAGAGCCAGAGGCAGUGAAGUGAAACAUAAAUAUUGUUCCUUUAAUGUGGAAGUAAAAACCGAAAAUGUGUAAUAAAUACUUGUA